CUUAGGGACGGGGACGACGCCGCCGCUUGCGGGGAGUAACCGUGCCGCCUCCGACCCGGUCGCUGGACUGUCGCCGCUCCGCUCCGCGUAAAGGCUCCGAUGGCGGCGCCUGCGCUGACGGACCCACCUCAGGGCAGUGUGACCUUUGAGGAUGUGGCCGUGUACUUCUCCUGGGAGGAAUGGUGUCUUCUUGAUGAGGUUCAGAUACACCUGUACCUUGAUGUCAUGCUGGAGAACUUUGCAGUUGUAUGCAUGCUGGGUUCUUUUCCUGGAGUUGAGAAUGAAGAGAUGCCUUCUGAACAGAGCAUAUCUGCAGAAGGAGUGUCACAGAUGAGGACCCCCAGGGCAGGUUUGUCUCCUGAGAAGACCCAGCCCUGUAAGAUGUGCAUUGCAGUCUUGAGAGACAUUUUGCACUUGGCUGAAGAGCAAGGAACAAAUAGGGAGCAGAAAGCAUACACAUGUGGGGCAUGUGGGAAACAGUUCUAUUUCACUGCAAACCUUCAAGAGCACCAGAAGCAGCACAUUAGAGAGAAUCCCAUACGAUAUGGUAUGCGGAGACCCUCAUUUUGGAAAAGCUACCCAAUCCACACAAUAGGGAAUCCACCUACCUACAUGGAGAUUUGGAAUGACUUCGUGGCCAACAUAGGAGUUCAGCCACAGGCCACUAAUACUAGGAAGAAAUGAAACAACAGUAAGGAGUGUGAAGCUGUUUUUCACAGUGGAAAAGGUCAUCACAGCUGGGGAGAAGGCAAGAAAGGCUCCAGCCACACAGAAAUACUUGUUCAGGAUGAGAGAGUCCUUACUAGUGUAGGUUUUUGUGAGUACAGCAAAUAUGGGAAAGCCUGCACCCGAACAUGUAACCUUAUUCAGCAUGAGCAAGUUCACACUGGAGAAAGGCCUUAUGAAUGCAGCCACUGUCGAAACUAUUUUAGCCACAAAUCUGGUCUCCUUGGACAUCAGAGAGUUCACACUGGAGAAAAACCUUAUUGAUGCACCCAGUGUGGAAAAUCUUUUGCCCACAAAUCCAAUUUCCUUGAACAUCUGAAAGUUCACACUGGAGAAAAGCCUUACGAGUGCAGUGAAUGUAGGAAAUCUUUUGUUGCUAGGAGUAGCCUCUGGUAUCAUCAGAGAGUUCACAGUGGAGAAAGGCCUUAUGCGUGCAGUGAAUGUGGGAAAUCUUUUACUGCUAGGUCGAGCCUUCAUGAUCAUCAAAGAGUUCACAGUGGAGAAAGACCAUAUAAGUGCAGUGAAUGUGGGAAAUCUUUUUCUGCUAAGACUAACCUGUAUCAUCAUCAGAGAGUUCAUACUGGAGAAAGGCCUUAUGAGUGCAGUGAUUGUGGGAAAUCUUUUGUUGCUAAGAGUGGCCUCCAAUAUCAUCAGAGAGUUCAUACUGGAGAAAGGCCUUAUGAGUGCAGUGAUUGUGGGAAAUCUUUUGUUGCUAAGAGUGGCCUCCAAUAUCAUCAGAGAGUUCACAAUGGAGAAAGGCCUUAUGACUGCAGUGAAUGUGGGAAAUCUUUUACUGCUAGGUCAGGCCUUCAUGAUCAUCAGAAAGUUCACACUGGAGAAAGGCCUUAUAAGUGCAGUGAAUGUGGGAAAUGUUUUACUGGUAGCUCUAGCCUUCUUCGUCAUCAGAGAGUUCACAGUGGAGAAAGACCUUAUGAGUGCAGCGAAUGUGGGCAGUCUUUUACUAGUCGAUCCUCUCUCUAUGAUCAUCACAGAGUUCACACUGGAGAAAGGCCUUAUGGGUGCACUGAAUGUGGGAAAGCCUUUAAGCAAAGACAGCUCCUCCGCAUCCAUAGGAAAAUCCACGCUGGAGAAAAGCCUUUUGAGUGCAAGGAAUGUGGUAAAUCUUUCACCCAAAGGUGCCACUUGAUUAAACAUCAUAGAGUUCACACUGAAGAAAGGGCCUUAUGAAUAUCGCGAACAUGGCCGGCAGUGACAUUGAAGGAGUUCCGGGUGGUAAGAGAGUGAGAAGAACCCGUACAGCUAAUGGACCCUUUCUAGAGAGGAAACUGAGACACAGAGAUGAUGUGUCAUCUGUUUGUGAUCUCCCAGAAAUGGACAGGGAUCUGGGCUUCAAUGCCAGGUUGCCUGGUUCAGGAUAUCAGGAGUCUGGUCACUUCACUCCUCCCCUGCCUGCCACCUCCAGGUUUGGGGACUGAAAGAACACCUUGUCCAUCCUGACACUUCUGUGCCCCGACCCCCACACCAGGAGCCCUGCUCAUACCCCAGCCCCAUGCUGAUGGACAGGAUUAUCUUUUCUCUGGGAACCAAUAUUGAUGACUUUCCUGUGACUGACUCCAUUUAUGUACCCAACCAAUCCAGUGCUGUGAUUCAGUUAUUAUUAUUGCCAUUUGUGAAAGAAGGGGUGUCCAGCUCAGAGAGGUUGAGGGACUUCCACAAGGGCUCACUAAUGCCAGGCCUUUGAUGAGAGUGGUUCCUCUACACUGCACCCAUCCACUGUCUUCUCUCCUUUCCCUCCGAGCAGGGCCUCCACUUGCUGUGUCCUGACCAUGAACUACCCACAUCUGACAUCUGCAUCACAACCAGGGUCUCCAGCUUCAUUUUCACCAGUGCACAUCUCCCGGAAACACCCUCCUGCUUGGGAGGUU